AUGAGAUGUGUGUACUGUGCGGAGGAGCAUCAGUCUCGAGAUUGCUUCAAGCGUACACAUAGCGAGCACAAGUGCGCUAACUGCGAGGGCGCACAUGCUGCGUGGAGUGAUGACUGUGAGACGCGGAGGGCGGCGGUGGAACAGAGCAGGGAGCUCACCAAACUCCGGGGGAUAUAUCAUCGCGUCCCGGGGCCAUACAGCGUCCACCAGCCCUCUGUCUCACUAGAACCUCCUCCACCCAGCUCGUGGGGAACACCGCAGAUCUCAGGGACUUCAGAGUCAAGCGGCACAGGAAGUAGCGCUUCUGUGCCGGCCGCACGCUCCAGUAACGGGGAGCAGGGUACAGGCCCACCAUCCGCAAGUCAAACCGCUACUGUCACGCAGAGCCAUAGCACAAGGAAAACGGGAAAGACAGCCAAGUCAGUUACAACAGUGUCAUUAGGCAGGAGAGGGAGACCUACCAAGGUGCAACCGGCUAAGGACAUAGCCAUGGCUCCUGCUGCCGAAGACCAGCAGAGUCAAUCCAGGGAUAUCAAUAGCGGGCAGCGAGCUGGCCGACCCCAGUCUCCUGCUCAAGGGAACCAGACGCAAACACCAUCAUAUAAGUUUGCACGUACUCAGGAACCACUGCAAUUCAACGCCACCAGUAACUUCAACCGCUCAACCUGCGGUAUCGACUUCCAACCGGCAACCGCCGCCGCUAUCAUCGACACAGACAAAUCUUUGUCGAAUACUGAGAAAGCGAGAGCUCGGAUGGCCAAGGCCAGGGAAGAGAAAGCAAAGAAGCGAAGUGAAAAAGGCGGCCAGUCCAGAUUGACAGAAUCAAUGGAGUCUGCUGCAAAGCGAAGGUCAACCAGGAUCAACAAACUCGUGAAGUGGGCAAACCAUGACAUAGAGCAGUCAGAGCUCAGUUCUAAGGUUGAUGAGGUCAAUAUGGAGGAACUGGAACGACAGUUCCGCCAGGAUCAGUUGUCAUCUCUGACAGGGGAGCGCUAUAGUGAUAGGGACUUCCAGCCAUCCUCGACUCUGCCUGAAAGGACAGGCAAAGUAAGCAGAAAAAGAAAACAACCUCACAGUGAGAGCAUCUCUCUCAAUAUUCGGCCAAGUGGCCAAUGGAAAACCCUCAGGAGGAAACCAGCUACAUCCAACCGCCAAUGA